ACACGUGAUGCCAGGGGCUUAUUCUCACAAAGUCAACCUGCCGAAAUCCACCGAACCGGCUCACUGACUGCCUUAAAUCAGCGGACAGAUCGCUGAAAUCUUCAGGUUUAUUUAUUUCCCGCGGUAGUUGUCCGUUAAGAUUUUAGGAGGUGAAAGCCAGGAUGUAAGAGCCUUUUCAAGCGUUUGGUCUCCAUCUACGUGCCAUGUCUCAGGGUUGUCUUGGAAAAAGACCUGUACUUCACUGCAAGAAGGAAAAGAGAACGAUGGCAGAAAUGAAGGCAUCACCUCUUAAACAUUUUGUCACAGCGAAGAAGAAGAUCAAUGGGAUAUUUGAACAGCUGGGGGCCUACAUCAAGGAGAGUGCUGCCUUUCUGGAAGAUACUUACCAGAAUGAAGAGUUGAACCCAGUCACCACUGAGGAGCAGGUCCAGGAGGUCCAGGGUUACCUCAUCAAAGUAGCAGGGAUCGGAGAAGUGCUCGCUCGUCGACAAAUGAAGGUGGUCUUCUUUGGAAGGACCAGUAAUGGAAAGAGUUCGGUGAUCAAUGCCAUGUUAUGUGACAAAGUACUGCCGUCUGGGAUCGGCCACACCACCAACUGCUUCCUGAAGGUGGAGGGCACGGAUGGCAGCGAAGCCUUCCUCUUGACUGAAGGCUCAGAGGAUAAGAAGAGCAUACAGACGGUGAACCAGCUGGCCCAUGCGCUCCACCAGGAUGAGGACCUGGAUGCUGGCAGCAUGGUUUGUGUCAUGUGGCCUAAAGCUAAGUGUGCUCUGCUCAGGGAUGAUUUGGUGUUGGUUGACAGCCCAGGCAUUGAUGUCACCACUAAACUGGACAGCUGGAUUGACAAGUUUUGCCUUGAUGCUGAUGUCUUUGUUCUGGUGGCAAACUCUGAAUCCACCCUCAUGCAGACGGAGAAGUCCUUCUUCCACAAAGUCAAUGAGCGUCUCUCCAGUCCCAACAUAUUCAUCCUCAACAACCGUUGGGACGCGUCAGCCUCAGAACCUGAGUACAUGGACGAGGUUCGGAGGCAGCAUAUGGAUCGCUGCACCAACUUUUUGGUCGAUGAGUUGGGCGUGGUCGACCGAGCCCAGGCCAGUGAUCGCAUCUUCUUUGUCUCUGCCAAAGAAGUUCUUCAGGCUCGGGUGCAAAAAUCCCAAGGAAUGCCAGAAUCAGGUGGAGCUCUCGCAGAAGGAUUUCAAGCCAGGAUGUUUGAGUUCCAGAACUUUGAGAGGAGAUUUGAAGAGUGCAUCUCUCAGUCUGCAGUGAAGACCAAGUUUGAGCAGCAUACGGUGAGAGCCAAGCAGGUCUCUGAAGCUCUGCGCCGGAUAAUGGACUCUGUGCACGUUGCUGCCCAAGAUCAGAGUGUCUACUGCCUUGAGACAAAAGAGGACCGUUUGGAUAGGUUGGAUUUUAUUGAGAAGCAGUUGGACCUCUUGACAUUAGAUUGUAAGGCCAAAAUCAAGACGCUUACCGAGGAGGUGGAAAGACAGGUAUCUAACACCAUGGCAGAGGAGAUCCGGAAGCUUCAUGUACUGGUGGAUGACUUCCACCUAGACUUCCACCCAUCUCCAGUGGUCCUGAAGGUCUACAAAAAUGAGCUCCAUCGCCACAUCGAGGAGGGUCUGGGCAACAACAUGUCACAGAAGUGUUCCAGCUCCAUCACCAGUUCCAUUCAGGCCACGCAGACUGAGAUGAUCGAGGGUCUGAAGCCUCUGCUGCCAGCUUCUGUCAGAGAGCAGGUAGACAAGAUCGUUCUUCGUCAGUCUUUCAGUCUCCUUUAUGACCUAGCCUGCGACAAGCUGUGUAGUGAUUUUCAAGAGGACAUCAGCUUUCACUUUUCUCUGGGGUGGACCAUGCUCGUCAGUCGCUUCUUGGGCCCCAAAAACACCCGACGGGCCCUUAUGGGCUACAGCGACCAGGUUCCUCGGCCCGUGGCUUUAACUCCCGUCAACACCAGCAUGCCUCCAUUCCCGCAGAACUCUGUGACCCAGGAGGAGCUGAUGGUCUCCAUGGUGACCAGUCUGGCUUCCCUGACUUCUCGUACCUCCAUGGGUGUCCUGGUGGUUGGUGGUGUGAUCUGGAAGGCAGUGGGGUGGCGUCUCAUUGCCCUUUCCCUGGGUCUGUACGGGCUCCUAUACGUCUAUGAGCGCCUCACCUGGACCACCAAAGCCAAAGAAAGAGCCUUUAAGAAGCAGUUUGUGGAAUAUGCCAGCGAGAAGCUGCAGCUGAUAGUCAGUUACACUGGAUCCAAUUGCAGCCACCAAGUCCAGCAGGAGUUGGCAGGUGUGUUUGCUCAGCUCUGCCAGCAGGUGGAUGUUACCCGCCAGAACCUGCAGGAUGAGAUUUGUGAUAUGAACAGAAAGACUGAGCUACUACACAACCUGCAGAGCAAAGCCAAGCUACUUAGGAACAAGGCGGGCUGGUUGGACAGUGAGCUCAACAUGUUCACCCAGAAGUACCUCCAACACAGCAAGUGACACAUAUGGACAACCCCAGCUGCACCGCUUGGAUUGACCCAAGAGUUCAUCCAUGGCAUUGUUCUGUUCAGAACAGGAACCUGGCAGUAAAUUAGUGAUUGUGAUAUUUGAAUUCAGUCAUUUCACGUGUCUGUCGCUCAUUAUACAGCUAAACCUAAAUCCUGAAUAAGCACGCCUCUAUGUAAAAACUCAAUGUAUACUUGACUGAAUUCAAAACUUAACAACCCCUUCUCGGUAUCCCAUAAUGUUAAGACUUUGUUGAUUAUCUGAGCAGAAACCAGAAGAUCCAGAGGCUGACUUUCUGGAUCAGAACUUGAGGGUUUCUGCUAGAAACGCCACAUUUUAGCUUAAAGUUACGUCAAUAUCACCACUUAAAAGUUAUACGAGACAGAACACAACGAGAAUAAAUAUGUUAAUGAACUGAAUAAAUUUAAAAGUUAUUUAUUUACAAAGAAAGAGCAUGUUUAAGUUGGUUUAUGAAAUAACAGCUAGCACAUAUUUUAGUUUUCACUAUAAACACACAAACAGAAGAACUCAUUAACUCUGAAUUCUGUCAGUAAAGCUAAAACCUUUUGUUUAAAUGUUUCAAAACAUUUAAAUAUUUAAACUGGUUAUUGUGUGUAUCAGCCUUAU